CGUCUUUCCACCAUGUCUCUCGACGACAUCUGGGACGCGCCAAUUGUCCCUACUUGCGCUGUUACUCUACAUUCUGAUACAACCAGCCCUCAGAAACGCCCCAGAGAGACAUUAUUCCUUUCUGACUCAGACGACGAGGACGAGCAACCAGCACCGAAGAGACCUACUAGCUCAGCACCAAGACCAGACGUAGACGCGCUCUUCGCUGACAUCGACAAAGAUGAAUCAGAGGAAGAGGAUGGCCUGAGAUAUAAGCCCCUUGCACCUGCCCUUGACCUUGAAGCACUCCGCAAACAGGCCGCGGCAAAACACGCGCUGACACCCCAUCAAAUUUUGCCUAGUAGUUCUCCACCAAGAGAUGUAGGUCCCAACGAAGACGAUGAGGAGGGAAAGGAUAACAAGGGAAAAGGAAAAGAAGGGAAGAAGGAGAGGAAGAAGGUUACAAUACUCGAUGAAGAAAGUUUAGUAGGAGCAGCGGGGUUUCCACAGCUCAUCACGAAUAUCAAGGAUUUUAGGGUCAAGGGGAAAGGUCACGAGCAUUCAGACCUCCAACGGAUUCUCCAAGUGUACCAGUUCUGGACUCAUAGAUUGUACCCCAAGACUCCGUUCAAGGAUACCGUUGAGCGCAUUGAAAAAUUAUGUCACUCAAAACGAAUGCAGGUCCGUUUGAGCGUAUGGCAUGACGAGGCGAAAGGCCUUGUCAACGGCAAGAAACUAGAAGAAACUGAUGGCGACGACGUUAUCGACCUUACGGAUCCAAAUAUUGAGGAUGCAGACGUCAGUACCAAGAAUGACGAUUCAUCCUCUUUGCGUGUCCCGUCUCUUCCACCCUCGUCGGAUGCUGAAGAUGACGACUUUGAUAUUGAUGCUGUUGUUCGAGAGGAGGAGAAACGCCUUGCUGCGUUCAGAGCAGAACGUUCGGCUUCCCCUGCACCUCCCGCACCAAAAGCCAGAUAUAAAAACUUGCCGGCCGAGGUUGCAGAUGAGAUGGACGUCGAUGAAGAGGCGUUGUGGAAUGACCUCGAAGCAUUCGAUGACAUUAUCCCCAAUCCUGCUCCACCGACGCCGAAGAAUAGGGAAUCAAACCUCUUAGCCGAGGACGAAGAGAUGUGGGAUAUGGUGCGGGAACUGGAGAGAGAAGAGCAUACAGCGUCGAAGCAACUUCCUGUGUCAUCCGUAUUGAUCACGCCUUCGGCAGAGAGCGCCAACACGUCUCUCGGAACGAACGACGAAGAUUUUGAUGAUAUAUAUGCGUAGAUAGUACGUACAUGAGCGAUUCCUACAUUACAAUGUUGUACUUGAAUACUUAAUAGCAACUUAUUCGUUCAUUGCGUCCUCCGUCCUUUGAUCUGAUCC